AAAAAUAAAGAAAUCAGAAACAAAUCAAAAGUUGAAAACCCUCACACAGAAAGAGUGGUUUGUGCGGUGGUGAAGAAGCGUUCGGAAUAGAAGAAGAAGAUGUCGUCGGUUUACGUUCUAGAGCCUCCGACGAAGGGGAAGGUGGUGGUGAACACUACGCGCGGUCCUUUGGACAUUGAGCUGUGGCCGAAAGAGGCUCCGAAGGCCGCGAGGAACUUCGUUCAGCUCUGCCUCGAAAACUAUUACGACAACACCAUCUUCCACCGCAUCAUCAAGGACUUCCUCGUCCAAAGCGGCGACCCCACCGGCACCGGCACCGGUGGUGAAAGCAUUUAUGGUGGUGUUUUUGCUGAUGAGUUUCAUUCACGUCUGAAAUUCAAGCACAGAGGAAUAGUUGCAAUGGCCAAUGCCGGAACUCUGAAUUCCAAUGGAAGUCAGUUUUUCAUCACUCUCGACCGCUGUGAUUGGCUUGAUCGCAAGCAUACCAUUUUUGGAAAAGUGACGGGAGAUACAAUGUAUAAUCUUUUGAGGCUGGGUGAACUUGAAACUGAUAAGAAUGACCGGCCUUUAGAUCCGCCGAAGAUAUUAUCAGUUGAGGUGUUAUGGAAUCCAUUUGAAGAUAUUGUUCCAAGAACACUUCAAAAACUUCAGAUUGAAGCUAAAGCUGAUACAAAAAAUAAAGAGUCAGGGAAAAAAGGCGUAAAAAAAUUGAACUUGCUUUCAUUUGGGGAAGAAGCUGAAGAAGAGGAAAAGGAAUUGGCAUCGGUGAAGCAAAAGAUUAAGAGCAGUCACGAUGUCUUGAACGAUCCUCGUCUUCUAAAGGAAGAUACUCUUAAUAAUGAACUGAGUUCAUCAAGAAGAGAUAUGCAAUUAUCUGUAAGGGAUGCACUUAACUCAAAGAAAGACGAGCCUCAGAAAGAUUCAGAUGCUGGUAGCAUGGCAUGUCUUAAUUUCAGUGAUGACGAUGAAGCAGAUUUUGAUGCAAGAAUGCGCAUGCAAAUACUCAAAAAGAGGAAGGAGUUGGGUGAUCUCCCUCCCAAGCCAAAGUUGCGAAAUGCAGGAAGGUCCAGUCCAGAGAACCAUGAUACGUCGUCUGCAGCCAGGUCCAAUGCUGUAAGUGUUGAUGAGGAUCAACCAAAGGUGGAAAAAUUGUCCUUGAAGAAAAAGGGAGUUGGAUCUGAAGCAAGAGCUGAACGAAUGUCUAAUGCAGAUGCAGAUUUGCAACUAUUGAAUCAAGCUGAGAGAGGAAGACAAUUGCAGAAGCAGAAGAAACGCAGACUUCAAGGGCGUGAAGAUGAAGUUCUGGCUAAACUUGAAAAAUUUAAGAAUUCUUUAUCAGCAAAGGCGACACCCCCAACUGAUGAAUCUGAAGACGUUAGUAAUGAGGAAUUGUCAGACUGGAAAGGUGUUAGUUUAAAGUUUGCCCCACAGACUGGCAAGGACCGCAUGUCUCGCAAUGAAGACCCAAACGACUAUGUUGUGCAUGACCCUCUUCUGGAGAAGGGGAAAGAGAAGUUCAAUAGGAUGAUAGCCAAACAAAAGAGACGAGAACGAGAGUGGGCUGGGAGUUCCCUUACUUGACCUUACAUGUGCCAACAUGGCUGUGUAAAUAUACAAAGCUGAUUGGUUUUCAAGGCUAGCACAUCACUGUGCUGCUGGGAAAGUAAACUUGCCCUAAUAGGAACCCAGGAGAAAAAUGUUGCAUUGAGGAGUUUAGCAAACAUGGUUGGCAAGUACAUUGAUAUUGGUGAGUGAGAUGUGGGGUUACUCAUGAAAGGACCUACUUUGAAUUGUUCGUAUUUUUGGUCCAAUGUCAAAAGAUGUAUUGUGUAGAUUUUAACACACCAAGUUGUUGUGUUUUAUAUAUUUAGGAUUCAAGAGAAUAUUGUAUUAUUGUGGAACUAACGAUUUCGGCAGAUGAAGUCGUUACUCAGAAUUAUGCUAGUUGAGAUGGGUUUUACGUUGCACUAUUUUAUAUGGGUAUUCAAAUUAAUAGCA